CUGCGCGGUCUUAACAUGGCUCCUGCCCUGAGACAAGCCUUAGAUGUUCGUCUGAAGAAGUCAAAUAUUCCAGGAAAGCAAAAGCUGGAACUUGGAAGGGAUACUUGUGAGGUAGUCAGACUUGGGGCCUCGAUUUUCAUAGGCCCAUGGAGACAGAACUGCCUCUCUUUUCAGCAAGAAUAUUUAAAAGAUGCUUCAAAGAAGAUGAAAAGUGGGCUUAUGUUUGUAAAAUUGGUUAACCCAUGUUUAGGCGAAGGAGCCCUUUACUUGUUCAAUAUGUGUCUACAGCAGCUGUUUGAAAUAAAAGUGUUCAAGGAAAAACACCGUUCUUGGUUUAUAAAUCAAUCAGUUCAAUCAGGAGGUCUUCUCCACAUUGCCACACCCAUGGACCCUCUAUUUCUGCUCCUCCACUACCUUAUUAAGGCUGAUAAAGAGGGAAAGUUUCAGCCUCUCGAUCAAGUUGUGGUGGAUGACAUGUUUCCGAAUUGCAUCUUGUUGCUGAAACUUCCUGAACUUGAGAAGUUACUUCAACACGUGACAGAGCAAAAAGAAAUAGGCACAAGGAAAUACUAUAAGUACAGCAAAGAGAAGACAUUAAAGUGGCUGGAAAAAAAGGUUAAUCAGACUAUGGCAGCGUUGAAAACCAAUAACAUAAACGUUGGUGCCCGGGUACAGUCUGCUGCAUUUUUCUGCAGUCACCAGGUUUCCAGUGACAAGGAAGAGGAUUAUAUUCGUUAUGCCCAUGGUCUGAUAUCUGACUAUAUCCCUAAAGAAUUAAGUGAUGACUUAUCUAAAUAUUUAAAGCUUCCAGAAACUUCAGCUUCAUUGCCAAAUCCUCCAUCAAAGGUGGCAGCACAAAGACAGAAACGGAACAAGUGACAGCAGGUCCACGCAAGGCUUGGCCACUUCUCGUCUUACUUAAGAUUCUGCCAAAGAGCUACGGAUUUUUCUUUUGCCCUUUCUAGAAAAUCACCAGAUGCCAAAAGAUGUGUGCUAAAGAACUAACCAUGAAUGAUGUAUUUCUUGGAUCAGUUCCACUAGUGUGGUGGGCAGCAGCAUACCACCGCCCCUACCCCAAAGCGAUUCCCUCAGGAAACUUGAAAGCACCCCAAGAUGUGAACCAGCCCACAGUCUGAGGGGAUCGGGCUACAUCACCCUCUGUCCCAGGCCCAUCCCUGGAAAGGUGUGGAUUUUUACAGUCAAGUGCUUCAGAUUUCAAAACAUUGGCAAGAGAAGGCUCGUUGUGAAAUUUGGGCCGUUUCUUCAACCUCACCAUGGUGGCCUGUUCUGCUUCCCUGGGUUUAGACGAGCAUGUUUUAGGUAUGUGGUGACCACAGAUGUAUAGUGAUCAUAAGUACUCGAUGAACACUAAAGUACACCAAAGCUUUGAUGAACCAGUUUUCUACCCUUCUAAUUUAUAACAGGACCUGAACAUGUGCAUUUUA